CACCAAUAAAAGAGAGAGAAAAAAAGAAAACCUUCAAAUUUAAUUUGUUGUCCAUCAAAAUCUCCCUCUUUUUUCUCCGGAAUCAAAUGAUCAAAUGCUUAGGAAAAUUGCUCAAACGUCUGACGAAGGCCCAUAUCUUCUUCCAUUGAUAUCAUCAAUAUUCAUGCAUUUUUCACCUGUUCAAAACAAGAAACCUGUUAAUUUUUCUUUUAUAGUGUAAAUGCAUAAUCACAAUAUAUAUUGGGAUUGAAAAUUGAUAAAAACACAUGCAUUCUUGGCAAUAUCAUGCAGAAUUCUUGCGUGCUGGGAUCAUCUUUGAGGUGUUAGGGCAAUAAAAAUGGCGUAAAAUUUUGUAUAGAGGGCAUUUCUACAUCGCUUUUUGUUUUUUUAAAGGGAAUAUCACCCAUUGUGUUUGAUAAAAGUCGCGAGAGAAGAAUUCUGGAGAUAUGGGCUGCUUCUCGUGUUUUACGAGAAGGAAACUUAAGGGGAGGAAGAAGAAUGAGCCUAUAACUAGAGCUAGCCCUCAACCACCUCCUCCUGUACGUGUUGCCAAGAAUUCGCCAGUAGUUGCCGAAAACAAGGCGGAAGCAGAAGCAGUAGCAGUAGAUGAUGAUGGACCAAAAGCAUUCAAUUUCCGCGAACUCGCCACAGCGACGAAGAAUUUUCGACAAGAAUGUUUGUUGGGAGAUGGUGAUAUUGGGAGAGUGUAUAAAGGGGUUCUUCAAUCUACUGGCCAGGUCAUGGCUGUUAGGCAGCUAGAUAGAACUGGAGCACAAGGAAGCAAAGAAUUUCAAGCAGAAAUAAUUAAAUUAAGUCAGCUUCAUCACCCAAAUCUGGUGACAAUAAUUGGAUAUUGUGCUGAUGGAGAUCAAAGGCUUCUGGUUUACGAAUACUUGCCAUCCGGUUCCUUGGAAAAUCAUUUAUUUGAUAUUCCAGCUGAUCGAAAGCCAUUAGGGUGGCCUGCGAGGAUGAAGAUCGCAUACGGCAUAGCUCAAGGGCUGGAGUUUCUGCACGAGAAGGCCGACCCGCCCAUCAUAUACCGCGAUUUGAAGGCAUCCAACAUCUUGCUGGACGAGAUCAACAAUCCGAAGCUGUCGGAAUACGGGCUGGCCAAGCUCCUUCAGGGCGGCAGCAACCCCAACGUGUCGCCCAGGAUGGUCGCAUCUUAUGGCUAUUGUGCGCCCGAGUACGAGAUGCACGGCGUGGUCACCGUGAAGGCCGAUGUCUACAGCUUUGGCGUCGUCCUGCUCGAGCUGAUCACGGGUCGGAGGGCCUUCGACAGCCAGAGGCCCACGGAGGAGCAAGCUCUCGCAAAUUGGGUGAAACCGUUUCUCAGAAACCCUAAAAGGUUUCCUGAGAUGGCGGAUCCACAACUAGGAAACGACUACCCUCUAACAAGCUUGAAUCAGGCAAUUGGGGUGGCAUCGAUGUGCCUUCAGGAGGAGCCAUCCGUACGGCCUAUGAUCGCAGAUGCCGUGGCUGCAUUGAGUUUUUUGGCAAUGGCUCCUCCGGAGUCGCCCGUUCCAGCUCAUCUUGUUCCAAUGUUAUCAACCAAAGUUAAUCCAGAUAGUUUGUAACAAUGUAGAGGCCAAAAUUUAUUGGCAUAAACAAGAAAUAUAAAUUUCAACCAAUGUGUUGUUUUUUUGUCCAA